AUGGCUACUAUUCACAACUUUGCAAUGAUGAAUGGUGGAAUGGGAAUAAUGCAGCCUCAAACUGUACCCAUUUUAACCCAAGAUAUCACAAUGCAGGCAAGUGUCCAGCAGCAGGCUGUACCCACUGCUGCUCUGCCGCCACCUGAACCAAAAAAAUAUAAUUCCACUUCAAGUGCUGAAGGGUGUCCAUUACCUCCGUCAAUGCAAAACUUUACCCAGAUCGGGACCCUAACUCCAGGGCCCGGUUCCAGGCUAAGUAUUAUGGCCAUUUUGGGGUCUCCUUUACCAAAGUUGACAUCCGAUCAAAUGGAUGCAGUCACAAGAGCUAAGAAAUAUGCUAUGGAGCAAAGUAUUAAAAUGGUUCUAAUGAAGCAAACACUUGCUCAUCAGCAACAGCAAGCCAAGUCUUUCCAUCGCCAUCAAGCUUUGGUACUCAUGUGCAGAGUAUAUGUUGGGUCAAUCAGCUUUGAAUUGAAAGAGGAUACCAUUCGCCAGGCGUUCAGCCCGUUUGGUCCUAUAAAAUCUAUCAACAUGUCAUGGGAUCCAGUGACGCAAAAGCAUAAAGGUUUCGCCUUUGUUGAAUAUGAUAUCCCAGAAGCCGCCCAACUAGCGUUAGAACAAAUGAAUGGAGUGAUGCUAGGUGGGCGGAAUAUCAAGGCCGAGAUUUAUUGGCUUAACAUGCCUCAAGCCCAAUCUGUAAUUGAUGAGAUUACAGAGGAAGCCAAGCAGUACAACAGAAUUUAUGUGGCUUCAAUUCAUCCAGAUCUAUCUGAAGAAGACAUUAAAAGUGUGUUUGAAGCAUUUGGAACAAUUAAGUACUGUAAAUUACAACAAGGUAGUUCACCUCAUCGACAUAAAGGAUAUGGUUUUAUCGAAUAUGAGACAAAGCAGGCUGCCCAGGAAGCCAUUGCUUCGAUGAACUUGUUCGAUUUGGGUGGUCAAUAUCUGAGGGUAGGAAGGGCCAUUACUCCACCCAAUGCCCUUCAUGGCCCCGCAUCAUCUUCAAGUCAGAUGCCAACGGCCGCUGCGGUAGCGGCUGCUGCAGCCACUGCUAAGAUUCAAGCGAUGGAUGCUGUCGCUACUAAUGCUGUCAUUGGUCUUUCGAAGUUGACUUCAACACUGGGAACUCCUGCCGUGAUCCCCGCUACAGUUCCUCUUGUCCCGACCCAAGCAGGCGUCCUCCCUCCUCCUGGCAUCGCCAUUCCCCAGCCCCUGCCCGUCGCAGGACAGUUCAGGGCUCCUCAACCAAUCAUUCCAGCUCCAGGUGUGGUUGCACCUACUCUGAUUGCGACACCAGCGGCAACAAACAGCCAGGAGGCGCUGCGACGAGCGCAGGAACAGGCACAGUUAAAACAACAGGAAGAACUUCAGAAGAAACUACUUGAAGAAAAUGAGCCUCAGACGUUACAACAGCAAGAGAACAUGUCGAUUAAGGGUCAGAGCGCCAGGCACCUGGUCAUGCAGAAGCUUAUGAGGAAAGUUGAGAGUCGUGUAGUCAUUCUACGGAAUAUGGUUGCACCUGAGGAUGUUGAUGAAUCUCUACAGGAAGAAAUACAGGAGGAAUGUAGCAAGUAUGGUACUGUCGACAGGGUUAUCAUUUAUAAUGAAAAGCAGUCAGAGGAUGAUGAUAAUACUGACAUAAUUGUGAAGAUUUUUGUAGAGUUCUCAAAAAUGAAAGAGGCGGAGGCUGCAAGAGAUGCACUCAAUGGAAGGUUUUUCGGUGGACGCCUUGUCAAAGCCGAACUUUAUGACCAAACUCUUUUUGACCAUAGUGACUUUUCUGGUUGA